CUCCCUUUUUUAGCGAGCGGACGCUUAGUCAGCUCAAGCUCGUGUUCAAGAGUUUCAUCAUAGCGUCACCAAGUGGUCUUUUAUGCCUCUUUUUUUCUUGAAAAGCGUAGUAACGCCGCCAACCUCGACGCCAUCUUGUACCGGCUUCCUGCGUGCCGUAGUUACGUCAUGCGGAUCCCGCCGCUCCUGCGCAGGCGCAGAACCAAUUGUGCGGCUGUAAAUGCAUCGUGUACAGCGUGAAUGUUGUCAUGGCAACCACUUGUCAAUCACAUAUUUGUAACGGAUUUAAGCCAAUCAGACUCAAGGGGCGUGACUGCCGCGUGGGUAAUAUGAACAGUGAGCGACUCAACUGACAGUCCAACUUCGCGCUGCAGGGAGGACGACCUCCGCUCUCUUUCACCGUCCGGAGCAAACUUCUGCGGCCAGUCCAACAUGUCUCACAAAGCUUCCAACGGGGUUUCUUGCUCCAGCAAGAUCCUGACCGUGGACAACAUGAACCCCAACGUGAGGCGGGUCGAGUACGCGGUCCGGGGUCCUAUUGUGCACAGGGCCUUGCAGAUAGAGAAGGAGCUGAAGGAAGGUGUCAAGAAGCCUUUCUCUGAAGUGAUCAAAGCUAACAUCGGCGACGCCCAUGCCAUGGGUCAGAAGCCAAUCACGUUCCUCAGACAGGUUUUGGCUCUGUGCACUUAUCCAGAACUGUUAGAAGACAACAAGUUUCCUGAUGACGCCAAGCAGAGAGCACGUCGCAUCCUCCAGGCCUGCGGGGGGCAAAGUGUUGGUGCCUACAGCGCCAGUCAGGGCAUCGAGUGCAUCCGGCAGGACGUGGCCCGGUACAUCGAGAAGAGAGAUGGUGGAAUACCGUCAAACGCUGACAACAUCUAUCUGGCCACGGGAGCCAGUGACGCCAUCACUACCAUCCUGAAGCUGCUGGUCUGUGGCGAAGGUCGCACCCGAACCGGGGUCAUGAUCUCCAUCCCUCAGUACCCGCUGUACUCGGCUGCCCUGGCGGACUUGGGCGCUGUGCAGAUCAAUUACUACCUGGACGAGGACAACUGCUGGAGUCUGAACGUGGCGGAGCUCAAGAGAGCUGUGGACGCUGCCCGAGAGCAUUGCAACCCCCGAGUGCUCUGCAUCAUCAACCCGGGCAACCCCACUGGUCAGGUCCAGAGCCGGCAGUGUAUCGAAGACGUGAUCCGGUUUGCAAAGCAGGAGCGUCUCUUCCUCAUGGCAGAUGAGGUGUACCAGGACAACGUUUAUGCAGAUGGCUGCAAGUUUCACUCUUUCAAGAAAGUGCUCUUUGAGAUGGGACCAGAAUUCUCUGAUGUGGUGGAGAUGGCCUCUUUCCACUCCACUUCCAAGUGCUACAUGGGAGAGUGUGGUUUUCGGGGAGGUUACAUGGAGAUUAUCAACAUGGACCCUGAGGUGAAGGCCCAGCUCACCAAGCUGGUUUCAGUGCGACUGUGUCCCCCGGUGCCCGGACAGGCUCUUCUGGACCUGGUGGUCAACCCACCGCUGCCUGACGAACCCUCGUACAGCCAGUUCAUGAAGGAACGGAAUGCUGUGCUGGCCAAUUUGGCGGAGAAGGCCCAGCUGACCGAGCAGAUGUUCAACACAAUCCCAGGAUUCAUCUGUAACCCCGUCCAGGGAGCCAUGUACACCUUCCCUCGCAUCACCCUGCCACAGAAGGCCAUCGACAAGGCCAAGGAGCUGGGUCAAGUCCCAGACAUGUUCUACUGCAUGAAGCUGCUGGAGGAGGAGGGCAUCUGCCUGGUGCCCGGCAGUGGCUUCGGCCAGAGGGAGGGAACCUUUCACUUCAGAAUGACCAUCCUGCCGCCCACUGAGAAGCUGAAGGUGAUGCUGAAGAAGAUCAGCGAGUUCCACCAGAGAUUCACACAAGAGUUCUCCUAACAGUCGCCACACUUCGCUGAGAAAGUGCCUUCAUCAAGUGUCAACGUGUCAUUCAGGUGUCGAGUUUUACAGCACGAGAUGCACUUUUCCUGAAUAUCACUAUAUUGUGUAACGUCGCAAGUGUCCAAGUCUGCCGAUGCUGCUGGUGUGGUGUCCUGCUCACAAGGUGCCACAUUAGGCUGGUUUGCCCCGGAAUGUGAUUAAAUACGUCCGAACUUG